AUAAUUAUUAUAUUUUAUUAGCAAUAUCCAUAAAUCCCACAAAUGAAACAUUAUCGUGGAUUGAUGAAGGUAUAUUGGCUCUAAGAAAAUUAAUCAUACCAAGUCAAAAUUUGCCUCUUCUCGGUCCUUCUUCACCAAUUCAAUUAGAUACAAUUCAGCAACGAAUUUCGAGUGAAUCAUCAAUACCGAAAGACAAAACAUUAUCUAAAUUACCAAUUAUCUCAUUAACAAAUACGGAUCAAGGUCGAAUUGCAACAAAUAAAACAUUAGCACAACUUCAGAUCAGUACUGACGAUGGUGGAUCAUCGUUAUCUGAGUUUGCUCAAAAACCAGUUAGAGUGAUUCCAGAUACUGUAAAGCAACUUCCGUAUCAAUUAUUACAAUACUCGACCAAUGUUCUAUUAAAUGAGAAUUCAUUUAAACAAAAACAAUCUCUGUCUCAACCGGAAUAUCGUUUUUCAAUUGAUUUAAAAUCAAGAAGUGUUCAAAAAGGUAAAAUGGCUUUCUCAUAG